UAUGCUUCUAACUCGCCCGAAUCACAAGUAUUCAGAUCACUCGUUGCCAAAGGAGAAGCUGUAGAUGCACGAGACGGCAGCUGCAGAAGAGGUAAGACAUCGGGCUUGAAUAGCUCUAUGGACAGCAAUGGACAAGCUUUAUUGCAGAGUACCUUCAGCUGGUUCAGCUCAUUGCAAAAUGUUGGCAUAGGAGACGAGACCGUUUUCAAUAAGAACAUGAUUUACGACGGUGUUGGUUACUACACUCAGCUGGUGUGGCAAAACACCCACAAAAUUGGAUGUGCUGUAGCAUCGUGUAAUAGCAUGACCUUAGUAGUGGUUCACUUUGUGAGAGGCGAUAUUUUCCAAAAAGUUCUUUUUAGUGGCAACAUCGAAGGAGAAGUCAUUUAUGAAAUUGGAGAGCCAUGCACUGGCUGUACAUGCAGUAAGGAUGAAGGGCUUUGUGUUGUCUAG